AUGAGUCAGUCUGCACCGUGGCAAACACAGGAUCUUCCUAACGCCCAGGGUACCGGUGUUCAGUUCUACGAUCCCACCAAGUUCCAAGCAUCUGCUGCCAAUAAUGUAGACCAAGCAGCUAAUGUGCAAAAUAGCCAGGCAGGGGCCAGUAACUCUUGGAAUAGUUGGGGUAAUAGCUGGGCAGACAACUCUGUAAGUACAAGUCAAGGCUAUUCGCAGCCAGGUGUGAAUGCUCAAGGUCAGAGUGAGGUGAAACAGUCCAGCGAAGGAGUACAUGUUCAGAGUCAGGUGAUAGGACAACAGCCUGGGAAUGACAGUCAGUACUACAAUCAAUGGCAUCAGUCUGGAUGGGACCCCAACAACCCUCAACAGAACUGGGACCCAAAUACACAACAGCAUUGGGACCCGAAUACCCAACAGCACUGGGACCCUAAUUCCCAGAAAAACUGGGAUCCUAACGCUCAGCAGAACUGGCAGCAAAGUCAAGAGCAUAUGGUUUGGAAUGGCCAGCAAUGGGUGAACUCUAACCAGACAUGGCCAACUAGCCAGCAGGUGCCCACCACCCACACAGGAAAUGUUACUUCUCCUGUUGUGUCAAGUGCACAAGAGCACCAGCCCAGUCUCUCAAACAGCAAUGCAUCAGGGCAGGUUUAUGAGCAGACAUCACCCGAAACUUCUGGAAAUUUCUCUCAUAGUAGUGCAUCGUUUUUCUCCCAGUCUGGAGGAUUAAAUGACUCCACAUCCUCAAGUCUAGACCAGUCGAGCUCUAGUCACCAACUAGAUCCGUCUGGCUCUAGCCAGUCGGACUCAUCUGCUCUUGUUGCUGAUGAUUCUAUGAACACAGACAGUGGCACUGUGGCAGGAUUCUUCGGUAAAGAUGAUGGGGAUAGUGCUUUCGAUGGACCUGCUAUGACUGUGGAACCCACACUGACGAGUGUACCACAAUACCUUAAUGUGAACCCUGAAUUUCACAGAACUGACUCGGCCAUUAGUAACGCAAGUAUGCAGACUGUGAAUUAUUCAAGUCAUGGGUCUAUAGGAUCGCUGGAAGAUAUAGAUAAUAAGGAUUUAGUGCAAAAUGUAGCAAAUCAGUUCCAGAAUGUGUCUUUAGGCACAACUGGUUCUGGAAUGGUAGCUGCAGGUCAAUAUGGGCAACCAGGGUCCAUGCCAGUGAGUGCAGGGAACACAAACCAGAAUGCUGGUGGGAACUUGCCACCAUCUGCUCCUCAGCCUGGAGUGGAGGAUGAGCAAACAGGAAACUUGAAUGACUGGGAGAUUGUUCCCAACCAGCCUGGUCAAGGAGGAACUGGGGCCAACUUUUUCAUAGGAGGGGGUGAAGAAGUUGUCAGUGAAUCUUUCCAAAGUCAGAGCCAAAAUCCUGGAAAGAACCAACCAGAGGUGAACACAUCUGGAGUUUCCAUCACUGGACCGCCAAUGUCAUCACCUGGGCAACAGGAAGUUUCACUUCACCCUCCACCCGCUGGGUCACCAGCAGGGGGUAACAUCUACAGAAGAAGUCCCCGAAAUGUUUCAAGGAAUGCGUCUAACCAAUCUCUACCAUCACUGCAAGGAGAUGUACCUGCAUCUGGCCAACCCGUGUUAUUCAGUCCUGACAACCAUGGUAACUUUAUUGUGCAGCAAACAGCUACUGACAAUAUGUCUUCCUUUUCUGGAGAUAUACCCCAGCCUGUGUCAAGCAGUGUAGCAAACGUGGACGCGAGAACUGUGCCUGUUAGUGCAGCAGACAUUGGCGCCAAGCCAAUACCUGGCGGUGUAGCGAACAUGGACGUUAGGCCAUCACUCGACAGUAUAGGGAAAAAUUAUGCCCAGCCAACACCUAGCAGUGUAGCCAAUACCGACAUUAGUGCUUUCAAACCACCUGUGCCAACUAAUGAGACUCACACAACCCUAGGAAGUGUUCCUGAGGGAACCAGCUCAAACACUGAUGCUAAACAGACUGAGGUAAUUUCAGCAGUUGAUGCAGUUGUUGAUUCAGGAAAUAAGCCACCUGUUCCUCCAGGACGCUCCGCACCUUCGUCACCACGGAAACACGUGUCUGCCUUCCACCCAGUGAGCCACAGGGCCAAACACAGCAUGUCGCCGGCUACUACACUCUGGGACAACAUUGACGCCCCCGCCACCAACAUCAUCCUGGCACCUGCAGCUCCUAUGCUGGUCGGGACUGCAGCAGCAACGACGGCAGGAUCUCGGGGCAAGAGUCCGGGACUUCCUGUGAUUCCCGUGCAGGCAAGUCUGGAGAACAAGCUAAAGGACAGCAAGGACAAGGGAGAUAAUCUGGGUAAUGACAGAAAGGAUGAGCGUCAGACCUCCACCCACAAAGAUCGGAGAUCUGACCGUGAUGUGCGAGGUGGAAGUGACAGAUAUGGGAGAAACGAUAGGAGCCGAGAUGAUGAAGUGAAAAGGAGCCGAGAAGAUGAUGUGAGGAGGAGCCACGAAGAUGAAUUUAGGCGGAAGGAAGAAGACAACCGGUCAAUAAACUCCCUUGAGGAGCUUGAUGCUCAAAUUGAUUACCGUGACCGGGAUGAAUAUCGGGACCGGAGGUAUAAGGAUCGCUAUGGUUACCGGGAUCAUGAUCCCAGGUAUGACUAUGACAGGCCUCAGAGCAGAGGUGACAGUUACAAUGAGGACAGUCGGAGACGUGAAGCCUACAAAACUAGGGAUUACAGACAACCAUACCGUCGUGAAGGUUACUAUGGAGAUGAGAGAUAUGAGCUGAUAACUGUGAUAUCCCUUUUAUAG